UUAGUUGGUUAACGGGGCUCGGACCGUGGGACCGGGCGCCGUUCAGUCCCAGAGAGAGAGGGAGAGAGGGGAGGCAUGGGCGAGCAACGGAUUGAAGAACAAGAAAAUAUAUUUCCAUUUCUGUAAUUUAAAGGAAUCUCUUUCAUUUUUUCAUCCAGUUUGUUCUCUGAACAGGGCGAUGGGUCCGAGGGUCCCCCGAUCUUCUGGCCGUCGGUAUCACCGCCUGACGUGAAGAGGAAGCGUUCCCACUGCCUGCUCUCUGCAGCCCGACAGCGCCACCCUGUGGAUUCUCCGUGGAGCUGCAGCCAUGGCGGAUCCUGUUGAUCCUGAUUAUUCUGAUUUAAUAGCAAGACAUUACAAUUACACCGGCAAAUACCGCAAAGUAGAGCCUGAUGCUAGAAUAAAGGCAGACUCUGUGGUGUUCAUCAUCGUCUGCUGUUUCAUCGUCAUGGAAAACGUCUUGGUUCUGCUCACCAUAUGGCGGACCAAGAAGUUCCACAAGCCCAUGUAUUAUUUCAUUGGGAACCUGGCCCUGUCCGACCUGCUGGCCGGCCUGGUGUACACGGCCAACAUCCUGUUGUCGGGGGCCAACACCUACAAGCUGAGCCCCACCCAGUGGUUCUUCAGGGAGGGCAGCAUGUUCGUGGCCCUGGCCGCCUCGGUCUUCAGCCUCCUUGCAAUCGCCAUCGAGCGCCACCUCACCAUGCUUCAGAUGAAGCUGCACAACCAGGGCAAGGCGCACCGCGUGUUCCUGCUGAUCAGCGCCGUGUGGAUGGUGGCGGCCCUGCUGGGAGGCCUCCCGGUCAUGGGCUGGAACUGCAUCAGCAGCAUGGAGACCUGCUCCACCGUGCUACCGCUCUACCACAAGACCUACAUCCUGUUCUGCACCAGCGUGUUCUCCAUCAUCCUGCUGGCCAUCGUGGUUCUGUACGCACGCAUCUACGCCCUGGUCCGAACCCGCAGCCGCAAGCUGGUGUUCCGCAAGGCGCCCAACGGCCGGGGCAGCAGCGGGGCCAACAGCAAGAGCUCGGAGAAGUCCAUGGCCCUGCUGAAGACGGUGAUCAUCGUGCUGAGCUGCUUCAUCGCCUGCUGGGCGCCGCUCUUCGUGCUGCUGCUGCUGGACGUGGCCUGCCACACUAAGGGCUGCCUCAUCCUGUACCAGGCCGAGUGGUUCCUGGCCCUGGCGGUCCUCAACUCUGCCAUGAACCCCCUUAUCUACACUCUGACCAGCAAGGAGAUGCGCAGAGCCUUCCUGAGCACCCUGCUGUGCUCCACCUCCUGCCUCCGGCCCACGGGCAAGGUGGCUCGGCCAAUCAUGGGAGCUGAAUUCAGCCGGAGCAAGUCGGAUAACUCUUCGCACCCCAAUAAGGACGACAUUGAGGGGCCCCUGAGGGACACGGCCGUGUCCACAGGCACCGACACCACCUCCUAGAACAGGACAGAACCGUGGCUACAUGCUACUGCAGGUGGCUGCACACUACAUAACAGUGGCUACAUGCUACAUACCUGUACUUCACGAUACCGGUGGCUACAUGCUACAUACCUGUACUUCACGAUACUGGUGGCUACAUGCUACAUACCUGUACUUCACGAUACCGGUGGCUACAUGCUACAUACCUGUGCUUCACGAUACUGGUGGCUACAUGCUACAUGCCUGUGCUUCACGAUACUGGUGGCUACAUGCUACAUACCUGUACUUCACGAUACUGGUGGCUACAUGCUACAUACCUGUACUUCAUGAUACCGUUGGCUACAUGCUACAUGCCUGUAAUUCACGAUACCAGUGGCUACAUGCUACAUGCCUGUGCUUCAUGAUACCGUUGGCUACAUGCUACAUGCCCGUUCUUCACAGAGCCAGCCAGCAUGUUUGUGCACAAGCAUUUUGACUAGUUAUAAUCAGGUCUUACUGGUUAUAACAGUGGUUGACUUCUUCUUACUAGAUAGUUAUGACUAGUUAUAACUGGUUGUCAUCAGUUAUAACCAGUUCUGAACAGUUAUUGCUGGUUCUGGCUGGUUAAAAUUGAACCUUAUAACUGGUUCUGGACAAUUUUCUAUGGUUCUGACUGGUUAUAACUGGUUCUGGCCAGUUUUCUAGGGUUCUGACAGGUUAUAUCUGUUCCUCACCAGUUCUCAACAAGCCUCAAAGCAGGUCUACCCUUCAUGGAAACAUGUAAAGCACUCGCUUAACGACAACCUUUACAACAGAAACUUAAUCUUCCUAGGCAGAAAAAUAGAAUAAUGUGCGGUGCUCUUUGAGAAUGUAUUUUGUACUUCGGUUUGUCCGUUGUAGCGCGGAUAAUGUAUAAUGUGGAUAAUGUUUCUGAUGUCUGCUGCACUUCAAGGCUUAGAUGAUCUGUUGUCUUAGCCAUAUUGCUAGGUAGCUAGGUAUUGCUUGCUCUUUAAAGCCACCUUUUCUUAUCUUAGCUCUUCCUAAAGUCCAUUUGCACAUUGUAACUUUUGAAUGUGUUUGUCAUUUGUUUCACUCUUAAUAAACAUCAGAAUAAAAUCAAAA